AACUAUUGAAAGUUAUAACUGUGACGGUAAAAUCAAUCAAUGAGAUAAGAGGGGAGGAAUUCCUGUCAAUUAAGAAACUUUGCAUUUACACCGAGAUAAUACUUGAGUCAUGCUGAGCGGAGUUCAGCGGUCGACACUUUCAUAUGAUAAACCACCAAAUGAAUGAGUGAAUUCUACGCGGGAAGAUUAUGUCAGGAUUUGAAAACCAACUUUAAUGUCGAAUAAUGCGUUAAGUGAACACUGAAAAUAAAUGAUUACCCGUUUAUACCGUCAAAACAGCGCGUGUUCAGUGGAGCUGUCAGUUUUUAUUGCUCAUUCAACCAACCGGCAGCAAAAUAUUGAGUUGUCCGAACAUUUCAGUUUGCCAUCACAUACCAUUGACGAACCUGGAUUCACUAAACUGUUAUCAUGUCGUCGGGAGCGGAGAAAAGGCUAGACAGCCGAAUGAAAAAGUUGGAAUUCAUGAUCAGAGACCCGAAGUCAGCGUUAAACUUGGAGAGUUUACUGCUGUGCUGUGCUUUCCAAGAUGACCGCCACCUUUACAUGGUUAUGGAGUAUAUGCCCGGUGGAGACCUGGUCACCUUGAACUAUGACAUGCCAGAGAAGUGGGCCCGAUUCUACACUGCCGAGGUGGUGCUGGCUCUAGAUACCAUACACUCUAUGGGUUUCAUCCACCGUGACGUGAAACCAGACAACAUACUGCUGGACCAAAAUGGCCACCUCAAGCUGGCUGACUUCGGUACCUGCAUGAAGAUGAACUCGACGGGCAUGGUCCACUGUGACACGGCGGUGGGGACUCCUGACUACAUCUCCCCCGAGGUGCUCAAUUCUCAGGGGGGCAACGGCUACUAUGGCCGCGAGUGUGAUUUGUGGUCUGUGGGGGUCUUCAUCUUUGAGAUACUGGUCGGUGGCACCCCAUUUUAUGCUGAGUCACUAGUAGGAACGUACGGGAAGAUCAUGGAUCACAAGAAUAACCUUAACUUCCCAGACGAUGUGCAGAUGUCCAACGAUGCCAAGGACCUCAUCUGUGCCUUCCUGUCUGACAGGGAGGUGCGUCUGGGGAGGAACGGCGUGGAGGAGAUCAAGAGACACCCCUUCUUCAGGAAUGACCAGUGGACCUUCCACACCAUCCGACAGACCGUGGCCCCAGUUGUACCAGAGUUGAGCAGUGACAUAGACACCAGUAACUUUGACGAGAUUAAGGAUGACAAAGGCGACGUGGAGACCUUUCCCACACCAAGGGCCUUUGUGGGCAACCAGCUGCCAUUCGUGGGCUUCACCUACUUCAAGGAAGACCAGCUGCUGAGAGGUGGGAAUACAGGGAUAUCUGUGGAGGACUCUAAAGACUGUAAGGAUAGCUCUGAGGAAAAAGAGGACAGCAUUAAAGGAGAGCUGGAGGAGGCGACAGCGGUGCUGGCCGAGGAGCAGGAGGCGGCGGGGCGGCUGCGGAGGAGCCAGUCAGAGGCCCAAAAGCAGGCCCAGGCCCUGGAGUUCAACCUCAGGGAGCUGGUGGACAACUGCACCCAGCUGGACGCCAAGAUGGGCCUGGAGCAGCAGCUUAUGGGUCUGCAGGCCGACCUGGAGGCCGAGAGGCGGGACCGCAGCCUAGGGACAGAGAUUAUACUGGACCUGCAGGGGCAUAUCCAGGGUCUGGAGGCGGAGGUGAAGCAUGUGAAGGGUUCUCUCUCCAAUUCACAGAUGGAGAAGAGGCAGCUACAGCAUAGGCUCACUGACAUGGAAAAGGAGAAGAGCAACCAGGAGAUUGACCUGGCAUUCAAGCUCAAGUCACUGCAGCAGAGCUUUGACGCGGAGCGGGCAGAGCACAAGGUCACCAAGACCCGCCUAGCUGACAAGAACCAGAUCUACGAGUCCAUCGAAGAAGCCAAGUCUGAGGCCCUGAAAGGGAUGGAGCGGACGCUGCAGGAGGAGCGGAGCCACAAGCUGCAGUUGGAGUCCAGGCUGCUGCACCUGGAGAAGGAGCACUCCAUGCUGGACUGUGACUACAAGCAGGCUGAGCACAAACUGGACGAGCUGCGCACGCACAACGACAAACUCGCUGAGGAGGUGAAGAACCUGAGCCUGUGUAUGGAGCAGGAGGAGAAAAAGCGCAUGCUGAGCCAGAACGACCUGGAUGUCCAGACCCAGCAGGUGACCGCUCUGUGCUCCUCGGAGAAGCAGCUGAAGCAGGAGCUCAACCACCUGCUAGACAUGAAGCACAGCCUGGAGAAACAGAACCAGGAGCUACGCAGGGAGAGACAGGAGACUGACGGACAGCUGAAGGAGAUGAAGGACCAGCUGGAGGCUGAACAGUAUUUCACGACCCUGUACAAGACCCAGAUCUGGGAGCUGAAGGAGGAGUGUGAUGAGAGGAACAAGCUGUAUAAGGACAUUCUGCAGAGACUGGAGGAGUACCAGGAGGAAAGGGAUUCCCUGGCAGCACAGCUGGGGGUGAGCCUAACCAAGGUGGACUCUGAACAGCUGGCGCGUUCCAUCGCCGAGGAGCAGUAUUCCGAUUUGGAGAAGGAGAAGAUCAUGAAGGAGCUGGAGAUCAAGGACAUGAUGGCCCGACACAGGCAGGAGCUAGGGGACAAGGAGGCCACCAUCGGCUCGUUGGAGGAGUCCAACCGCACCCUGACCGUGGAUGUGGCCAACCUGGCCAAUGAGAAAGAGGAGCUCAAUAACCAACUGAAGGAGAUACAGCAACAGCUCCAGAAGGCCAGGGAGGAGGAGAGACAUAUGAACAGUGUGAAGAUGUCCUUCGAGAAGAAUCUGCAGACGGAGAGAACACUUAAGAUACAGGCGGUCAACAAGCUGUCUGAAAUCAUGAACCGGAGGGAGGCGAUGCGUGCUGGUCACCGCCACGAUGACACCCUGGACAUGCGCAGGAAGGAGAAGGAGAACAGGAAGCUACAGCUGGAGCUGAGAUCGGAGAAGGAGAAACUCAACAGCACCAUCAUAAAGUACCAAAGAGAGAUAAACGAUAUGCAGGCGGUGUUAUCAGACGAGAGCCAGGUGCGCAUGGAGCUCCAGAUGGCCUUGGACAGUAAGGACAGUGACAUUGAGCAGCUGCGCUGUCAGCUGACCUCUCUUAGCAUCCACUCUAUGGACUCCACCAGCAUCAGUAGCAGUAACGACAUGGACGACAGCGGUUACCCAGAUACCAGGCUGGAGGGCUGGCUAUCACUUCCUGUGAAGAACACCAAGAGAUUUGGAUGGGAUAGAAGGUACGUGGUGGUAAGCAGUAAGAAGAUCUUGUUCUACAAUAGUGAUCUGGACCGAGAGCAGUCCAACCCCUACAUGAUCCUAGACAUUGAUAAGCUGUUCCACGUCCGACCAGUCACUCAAACAGACGUGUACCGCGCUGACACCAAAGAAAUCCCCAGGAUAUUCCAGAUCCUUUACGCCAAUGAGGGCGAGAGCAAGCGGGAGCAGGAGUUUGCGGUGGAGCCGCUGGCGCUGGCGGGCGAGCGCUCGUCCUACGUUAAGCACAAGGGUCACGAGUUUAUCCCCACUCUCUACCACCUGCCGUCGAGCUGUGAGGCAUGCACGCGGCCCCUGUGGAACGUGUUCAAGCCACCGCCCGCGCUGGAGUGCCGCCGCUGCCACACCAAGUGCCACAAGGACCACUUAGACCGGAAUGAGGAGGCCAUUGCCCCCUGCAGGGUGAACUACGACAUAUCCACGGCCAAAGACCUACUCCUAUUGGCCGGCUCUCAGGAGGAGCAGCAGCGAUGGGUCAGCCGGCUAAUCAGACGCAUCCCGAGGAAAUACCCUGGACCCGCCUCCGUGGCCCAAGCCCCCGAGCCACCCUCCCACUCCUCCCACCGACUCUCCCCUGGCGCCUCCCCCCGCAACUCUCCAAGCCUGUCCUCCCACCGCGGAGCCAUCAAGGUCCAGCCCAGUCGCCAGCAGACUCAGCCUGCAGGGAAGCCCAGCUUACCUCUAUAAUACAAUGGUUUGGUGUAUCCUCUCACAUCAUGUGGACUUUGACUGGAGCCUGGACACACAAUGGAACACACAUCUACUUGCCUUGUUCACAAAUGGCACCCUAUGGCUCUGGUCAAAAGUAGUACACUCUAUAGGGAAUAGGGUGCCAUUUGAGACACACCCAAAGACUUCAAAACGCCUUACCAAUCUUUUUUGGGAAGAGGGUAAAGGUUAAUGUUGCAUUUACAGUCCCUUCGGAAAGUACUCAGACCCUUGACUUUUUCCACAUUUACGUUACAGCCUUAUUCUAAAAUGGAUUAAAUAAAUAAAAAACCUCAGCAAUUUACACACAAUUUACACCCCAGAAUGAUGAAGCAAAAACAGGUUUUUAUACAUUUUUGAAAAUGUAUUAAAGAUAAAAAACAGCAACCUUAAUUACAUAAAUAUUUAGACCCUUUGCAAUGAGAUUUGAAAUUGAGCUCAGGUGCAUCCUGUUUCCAUUAAUCAUCCUUGAUGUUUCUACAACUUGAUUGGAAUC